AAAACGAAACAAAUUAAUCAUUAAAAAAGCGAAAAUAUAAUACCUCCCUUAACCAAAAUACGUUGUCUUAAAGAUCAAAAAACCAAUCUCUGUUUCGAAGAACAAAGAUUCAUCGGUGUUUCUGAAAAAUGGGUUCUCAGGUAUCGAAACAAGUCGAACGCCGGAAAUCCAUUCACACGGAGAAGAAAGCUCUGGCGGAGCUCCAGCAGAACUCCGGCGAGGAUUUUCCGGGCUCCGAUUACCGGCCACCGGACAGAAAAAACUGGAUGUCAAAUCUCGGCUCAGAAAGAACACGCAUAAACCAAAUCAUAUGGCCAGGGACUCACGAUUCCGCCACAAACGUCAUCGGAAUUCCCUUCAUCACGCGCCCUUUCGCCCAGUGUCAAUCACUCUCCAUUUACGAGCAGCUCGUGUUGGGCACGCGCCUCCUCGACAUUCGUAUUCAAGAAAAUCGUUUAGUCUGCCAUGGAAUCCUCUCAACGUACAGCGUCGACGUCGUUUUCGCCGAUUUAAAGAAAUUCCUCGCCGAAACGCAAUCAGAAAUCGUAAUCCUCGAGAUCCGAACAGAGUUCGGCCACGAUGAUCCACCCGAUUUCGAUAAGUAUAUUGUCGAACAGAUCGGCGAGUUUUUGAUUCACAACGAUGAUCGGGUGUUUGAGAAGACGAUUGCGGAAUUGUUGCCGAAAAGGGUGAUUUGUAUUUGGAAGCCGAGAAAAUCGCCGGCGCCGAAGGCCGGCGAGCCGUUGUGGAGUGGUGGGUAUUUGAAGGAUAAUUGGAUCGAUACGGAUCUGCCGUCGACGAAGUUUGAGAGUAAUUUGAAAUUCUUGUCGGAGCAGCCGCCGGUGACAAAGAGGAAAUACUUUUACAGAGUGGAGAAUACAGUGACACCGAAGGCCGAUAACCCGAUUUUGUGUGUGAAACCGGUGACGAGGAGGAUUCAUAAAUUUGCUCGGUUGUUUAUUCAUCAAAGCUUUACAAAGGGCGUCGCCGAUAAGUUGCAGGUUUUGUCGACGGAUUUCAUUGAUGGGGAUUUUGUGGAUGCUUGCGUUGGACUUACAAGUGCAAGAAUUGAAGGGAAGGCCUAAGAAUUUGGGUUUUUUAUUUAAAAAAAAUUAAAAUUUGUAUUGUUUGUUUAUAACUUUAUGAUCAGUGUGUGUUAUGUUUGUUUGUUUGUUUAAUUAUCUGGGUUCUUUUUGAGAAAAUAAUUAAGGUAUAAUUAUUUGUAAUUAAUUAGAGUUAUGUUAUGUGUAUUAUUUCAAGUAGUUUUUAGGGCA